AUGAUUUUCGAUGGAAGCCGGGUCUCCAUCCGUCCGGGGUCGCUUCAGUCGACGAAGGAGUAUGACCAAGCUCGGGCAAACGUCCUGCAUUUCGAUUCCCAGAAGGACCGAUAUGCGCUUCAGCUCAUCCACCCAGACUUCGAUGGGAAGAGGAUGCUCUGCCGACGGGAGGCCCUGGAUUUCCACUUCGCCGCCCUGCAAGGCAACUUGGAGGCGGCCAAGGCCGAGUUGCGAAAGCGGGCAAUUGCCUUUCAGGACUGUGAUGGCUUCCUGCCGGGGCGGACGACACCGGCUGAGCCGGCAGGCCAAGCCCCGCGACGCCUUGGAAAGGCCCUGGUGGCUCAGAGGAGCUACGAAAGCGGCUCCCUCGUCCUGGUCGACUCACCCUUCCUCGUGGUAUCGAACCCCGACGGUUUGGAACGAUGGAUACGGCGCUGGGACUGCUACUACGAGAUUAUGAAGAUGGCGCAGGCUGGCCAAAGAGAGCUCUUGGACAGCUUUGAGGCCAUGGACGACGGCGGCGAGGACGUUGCGGCGGACUCAGGAG